ACUGCGUGAACUUGCAUUGUGUAUGUGUGUGUUGGGGCUGCGGGGGUGCGGAGGAAGCGCCUCGGCAGACUCGGGGAUUCCCUCCCCGGUGCACGCUGAAAGAAAGAAAGAAAGAUGCGCUUUCCACCGGCUUGGGCCAUCCUGCUGCUGCCGCUGCUGGCGCUGGAGCCCCGCGUCCUGGGCAAAAAUCUGAAAUACCGGCUUUACGAGGAGCAGAGGGUGGGCACGGUGGUGGCGCGGCUAGCGGAGGAUGUGGAGGACCUGCUGGCUAAGCUCCCCAACCCCGCCGCCGUGCGCUUUCGGGCCAUGCAGCGCGGCAACUCGCCGCUGCUGGUAGUGGACGAGAAGAGCGGCGAGGUGAGCAUCGGGGCGCAGAUCGACCGCGAGCAGCUGUGCCAGAAGAACCUGAACUGCUCCAUCGAGUUCGACGUGGUCACGCUGCCCACCGAGCACCUGCAGCUGUUCCACAUCGAGGUGGAGGUGCUGGACAUCAACGACAACGCACCCCGCUUCGCGCGCGCCCUGAUCCCCAUCGAUCUGUCCGAGAGCGCCGCCGUGGGCACCCGCAUCCCCCUCGACAGCGCCUUCGACCCGGACGUGGGCGACAACGCGCUGCACACCUACUCGCUGACGCCCAACGACUUCUUCCACAUCGAGGUGCGCACCCGCACGGACGGCGCCAAGUGCGCCGAGCUCAUCGUGGUGCGCGAGCUGGACCGAGAGCUGCAGGCCAGCUACGAGCUGCAGCUCACUGCCUCGGACCUGGGGGUGCCUCCCCGCUCGGGUUCCUCCACUCUGCACAUCAGCAUCUCAGACUCCAACGACAACAGCCCCGUGUUUGAGCAGCAGACCUAUGUCAUUCAGCUCCGCGAGGACGCCCCCGUGGGCGCGCUUCUUCUGGACCUCAACGCCACCGACCCAGAUGAGGGCGCCAACGGGAGAGUGGUGUACUCCUUCAGCAGCCACGUGGCCCCCCAAAUCAGAGAGACUUUUCGAAUCGACCCCGAGCGGGGCCAUUUGACACUUUUCAAACCUGUGGAUUACGAGACCACCAAAUCCUAUGAGAUAGACGUACAGGCUCAAGACCUGGGUCCCAACUCCAUCCCGGCUCACUGCAAGAUCAUCAUUAAGGUGGUGGAUGUGAAUGACAACAAGCCCGAGAUUAAUAUCAACCUCAUGUCCCCAGAGAAGGAAGAGAUCUCCUAUCUCUUCGAAGGGGACCCUGUUGACACCUUUGUGGCUCUAGUCAGGGUGCAGGAUAAGGAUUCUGGGCUCAAUGGAGAAAUCGUUUGCAAGCUCCAUGGCCACGGCCAUUUCAAACUUCAGAAGACUUAUGAAAACAAUUAUCUGAUCUUGACCAACGCCACCCUGGACAGGGAGAAGAGGUCAGAGUACAGUUUGACUGUCAUCGCGGAGGACAAGGGGACCCCUAGUCUCUCCACAGUCAAACACUUCACCGUGCACAUCAAUGACGUGAAUGACAAUGCCCCCCACUUCCCCAGAAGCCACUAUGAGUUUGCCAUCUCAGAGAAUAAUUCGCCAGGGGCCUACAUCACCACUGUGACAGCCACUGACCCCGACCUGGGUGAAAACGGGCAGGUCACCUACACCAUUCUGGAGACUUUCAUCCUGGGCAACUCCAUCACUACUUAUGUCACCAUUGACCCAUCCAAUGGCGCCAUUUACGCCCUCCGGAUCUUUGAUCAUGAAGAAGUGAGUCAGAUCACUUUUGUGGUGGAAGCAAGAGAUGGAGGCAGCCCCAAGCAACUGGUGAGCAACACCACUGUGGUGCUCACGGUCAUCGACGAGAAUGACAAUGUCCCCGUGGUCAUAGCACCUGCGCUAAGGAACAACACUGCAGAAGUCGCCAUCCCCAAAGGGGCUGGAAAUGGUUUCCAUGUCACCAGGAUUAGGGCCAUGGACAGAGACUCAGGGGUAAAUGCGGAACUCAGCUGUUCUAUAGUGGCAGGCAACGAGGAAAACGUCUUUGUCAUUGACCCGCGGUCAUGUGACAUCCAGACCAACGUGAGCUUGGAGUCUGUCCCCAACACGGAGUGGGAGCUCGCUGUGGUCAUUGAGGACAAGGGCAGCCCACAGCUACACACCAGGGUCCUGCUGAAGUGCAUGACCUUUGACUACACAGAGUCAGUGACCAGCACAGCCAUGAGCUCUGUGAGCCAAGCCUCCUUGGACGUCUCCAUGAUCAUCAUUAUUUCCUUGGGGGCCAUCUGUGCUGUGUUGUUGGUGAUCAUGGUGCUAUUUGCCACUCGGUGUAACCGGGAAAAGAAGGACACACGAUCCUACAACUGCAGGGUAGCGGAAUCCACUUACCAACACCACCCCAAGAGACCCUCCAGGCAGAUUCAUAAAGGGGACAUCACUUUGGUGCCCACCAUCAAUGGCACACUGCCCAUCCGCUCUCAUCACCGGUCCUCACCCUCUUCAUCACCUACCUUAGAAAGAGGGCAGAUGGGCAGUCGCCAGAGCCACAACAGCCACCAGUCACUCAAUAGUUUGGUGACAAUCUCAUCCAAUCACAUGGCUGAGAAUUUCUCCUUGGAGCUCACCCAUGCCACGCCUGCUGUUGAGCAGGUCUCGCAGCUUCUAUCAAUGCUUCACCAGGGUCAGUAUCAGCCCAGGCCAAGCUUUCGAGGAAAUAAAUACUCCAGAAGCUAUAGAUAUGCCCUCCAGGAUAUGGACAAGUUUAGCCUGAAGGACAGUGGCCGUGGGGAUAGUGAAGCUGGGGACAGUGACUAUGACCUAGGUCGUGAUUCUCCUAUAGACCGGCUGUUGGGGGAAGGAUUCAGUGACCUGUUUCUCACAGAUGGAAGGAUUCCAGCAGCCAUGCGGCUUUGCACUGAGGAGUGCAGAGUGCUGGGCCACUCGGACCAGUGCUGGAUGCCCCCACUGCCAUCACCCUCUUCCGACUACCGGAGCAACAUGUUCAUCCCGGGGGAAGAGUUCCCAGUGCAGCCCCAGCAGCAGUCGCAGCCCCUGGGCAGCCUGGACGAGGACAGCCCGUCUGUAGAGUCGGGGGAGAAGAAGAAGAGCAGCUUCUCUACCUUCGGUAAGGACGCCCCUUCGCCACAGGACGAGGAAGCGGGGGACAGCGCAUCUUCCCUGCUGUCAGAGAUGAGCAGCGUGUUCCAGCGCCUGUUGCCGCCUUCCCUGGACGCGCACCCGGAUGGCAACAACAGCAGUGGGGAUGCGGGCAGCUCCCUGGAACGUCGCAAGGGCCCUCUGCCCCCCAAGAACACUGCGUACCCGCCCGGGGUGGCUGCCUGGGCCGCCAGCACCCACUUCCAGAACCCCACCAGCACUCCAGGACCCGCCCUGGGUGCGCACUCCAGCGUGCAGCCCUCAGCCAAGUGGCUCCCGGCCAUGGAGGAGAUCCCCGAAAACUACGAGGAGGACGAUUUUGACAAUGUGCUCAACCACCUCAGCGACCCCAAACACGAGCUUAUGGACGCCAGCGAGCUGGUGGCAGAGAUUAAUAAACUGCUCCAAGACGUGCGACAGAGCUAGAGAUGGUACAGCCAGGCCUGUGUGUGUUUCAGCUCGGUGGAAGGCGGGGACCCCCCAUCCCCGCCCAUCCCUGCACCCAUUCCU